GUACCUGUCCAUGUGAUGAAGCUGGUUAUGAAACAAAGGGAGGAGCUACAGACAGGGAAGGAUGUUGAAAGUGAAAGAAGGAAGUCAAACUGCCAGACUCCAUUUUACACUUCGGCAGAGCAGCAGGAGGAAAACAGGUGUAGUGUUACUGGUUUUUCUCUCAGACUGGAGAAGAUGAGUGAUUUCAAAGUUGAGGAAGAGGACAAAUCUCAAUUCCUCAGCGGUCUGUGCGGGAGUGAGCAGUCUGAAGAGGAACCUCCAGACUUCAGAGAUGAACCCGGACCCUCAGACACAAAAGGGAAGAGGAAGAGUCCUGUUCCUGUGGAGGAGCAGCUGUCCAGCUGUGCUCUGUGUCAGGACGUCCUGAAGGAUCCAGUCUCUACCAGCUGUGGACACUGGUUCUGCAGACAGUGCAUCACCUCAUACUGGGAGCAGAGACCUCCAUCAGGAGACUCCUGCUGUCCUCAGUGUGGAGAAAGAUGGAACAUUCUACAAACAGAACGUGGUCUGCAGGAGGUUCUAGAUGAACAUAGGCUCAGUCUGAGGAGGAGAUGUGAACGUGUGACUGAAGGAACUGAUGAAAGUGAAACCCUCCUCAACAGGAUCUUCACUGAGCUCUACAUCACACAAGGCCAGAGUGAAGAGGUUAAUACCCAGCAUGAGGUGAGGCAGCUGGAGACAGCUUCCAAGAAGAAGCCCCUCCAUGACACUCCAAUCAAGUGCCAGGACAUCUUUCAAGCCUCACCUGACCAACAGACUCCCAUCAGAGCGGUCCUGACCAACGGAGUCGCUGGAGUUGGAAAAAGCUUCUCAGUGCAGAAGUUCACUCUGGACUGGGCCGAGGGUUUGGGAAACCAAGAUGUCAGUCUGGUGAUCCCGCUCUCCUUCAGGGAGCUGAACCUGAUCAAAGGUGAGCAGUACAGUCUUCUCAGGCUGCUCCAUGUUUUCCAUCCAACCUUACAGAAGGUCACAGCAGAGCAGCUGGCUGUCUGCAAAGUGCUGUUCAUCUUUGACGGCCUGGAUGAAAGCAGACUUUCUCUGGACUUCACAAACAAUGAGGUUGUGUCUGAUGUCUCACAGCAGUCCUCAGUCAACGUGCUGCUGACAAACCUCAUCAGGGGGAAGCUGCUUUCCUCGGCUCUCGUCUGGAUAACUUCCAGACCUGCAGCGGCCAAUCAGAUCCCUCCUGAGUGUGUGGACAGGGUGACAGAAGUACGAGGCUUCACUGACGCCCAGAAGGAGGAGUACUUCAGGAGGAGAUGGAGUGAUGAAGACCUGUCCAGCAGAAUCAUCUCUCACAUCAAGAGCUCCAGGAGCCUCCACAUCAUGUGUCUGAUCCCAGUCUUCUGCUGGAUCACUGCUGCAGUUCUGGACCACAUGUUGACUACAGACCAGAGAGGACAGCUGCCCAAGACCCUCACUGACAUGUACGCACACUUCCUGCUGGUCCAGACCAAGAGGAAGAAGCAGAAGUAUGAAGAGGGACAUGAGACGAGUCCACAGCAGCUGACGGAGGCUGACAGGGAGCUUCUUCUGAAGCUGGGGAGGCUGGCGUUUGAACAUCUGGAGAAAGGAGACAUCAUGUUCUACCAAGAAGACCUGCAGCGCUGUGGUCUUGGUGUCACCGAGGCCUUGGUGCACUCAGGAGUUUGUACAGAGAUCUUCAAAAGAGAGAGUGUGAUCUUCCAGAAAACAGUCUACUGCUUUGUUCAUCUGAGCAUUCAGGAGUUCCUGGCUGCAGUCUACAUGUUGCACUGUUACACCAACAGAGACACAGAGGUACUGAAGGACUUCCUGCAGGGAUACUAUAGCAACAGGUAUAACAGAGAUCAGGAUUACCCAUCCCUGGAUGUCUUCCUGGAGGGAGCCAUGGAGAAAUCCCUCCAAAGUAAAAAUGGCCACCUGGACCUGUUUGUCCGCUUCCUCCACGGCCUCUCUCUGGAGUCCAACCAGAGACUGUUAGGAGGCCUGCUGGGUCGCACAGGCAAGCGUCCAACAAUCAUCGAGAGACUCUUCAGAGGCCGGCUGGGUCGCACAGACAACAGACCAGAAACCAUCCAGAGAGCCAUCAGCAACCUAAAGGAGAUGAGCAGUUAUAACAUCUCUCCUGAGAGGAGCAUCAACAUCUUCCACUGUCUGACAGAGAUGAAGGACCACUCAGUAACUCAGGAGAUCACAGAGUUCCUGAAGUCAGGGAACAGAUCAGAGGAACUCUCUGAGAUCCACUGCUCUGCUCUGGCCUACAUGCUGCAGAUGUCAGAGGAGGUUCUGGAUGAGUUGGACCUGAGGAAGUACAACACAUCAGAUGAGGGACGACGGAGACUGAUUCCAGCUGUGAGGAACUGCAGGAAGGCCGAACUUACUGACUGUAGACUCUCAGAGACUGACUGUGAAGUCGUGGCCUCAGCUCUGAAGUCUAACCCCUCCCACCUGAGAGAUCUGGACCUGAGUCGGAACGCUCUGGAGGAUUCAGGAGUGGAGCUGCUGAGUUCUGGACUGAAGAGUCCAAUCUGCAGACUGGAGGCUCUGAGACUGAGGACCUGCAGGUUGUCAGAGAUCAGCUGUUCUGCUCUGAUCUCUGCUCUGAAGUCCAACCUCCACCUGAGAGAUCUGGACCUGAGUUACAACGCUCUGCAGGAUUCAGGAGUGGAGCUGCUGAGAGAUCUUCUGGAGAGUCCAGACUGCAGACUGGAGACUCUCAGACUGGAGCUCUGCAGUUUGUCAGAGAUCAGCUGUUCUGCUCUGAUCUCUGCUCUGAAGUCCAACCUCCAUCUGAGACAUCUGGACCUGAGUUACAAUAAUCUGAAGGAUUCAGGAGUGAAGCUGAGAGAUCUUCUGGAGAGUCCAGACUGCAGACUGGAGACUCUCAGGAUCAAUGGAGAGACGUUCAGAGCCAAGAUCCAGAAGACCUGUGACUCCGAUGUGGAACAGGAAGUGAAGACAGACAGAGAGGCUCCUCAAUCCUUCUCACCUGAACUCACAACUGAGUCUUCAUACAGGUUCAGGUGUCCUGGUCCAGGUGAGUUCCAGUGUGCUUCGACUGGCCUGGUGUUCGUCAUGGCUCAGGAGGCGGAGCUUCUGUACAGGGCGGUCCCUUGGGAGGAGAGCCUCCUCCAAUCAGCUGGCAAGCAGGCAGCAGGGCCGCUGUUCGACGUGAAGAGUUCUGAUGAAGCUGCCGUCUGCCAGCUCCACCUGCCACACAGUGAGACAGAGGAUGCGCUGCUCCUGGACGGCCUGUUGUCUGUCGUCCACAUCACUGAUGAAGGCCUGAGCAUCUUGGAGCCGCUGGAGGUCACACGCACUCACGUGGUGGUGAAGGUGCUUCACCUCUCUCCGUUUGGCCUCAUCAUCGAUAAAUUGAAAAGGCUUCUAAAGUGGCGGAUAAAUGGCCAAGUUCUGGUGUUCCUACGACCCCCGGGCCGAGAGGAGCAAAUACUGGAUGUAUUUCUGCUGCACAACAACGUCCCUGAGGAGGAGGUUGUUAAAAAACACAAACGGGCUGUGAACAUCCCAAUCUCCUCCGACUGUGAGCUGGACAUUGAUCACAGUUACAGUGUGCACUGUGAACCUGAGGGCUUCUUCAUUCAGCCUGAGAGUAAAACUUUUAAAUCCAUGUUUGGACCAAACUACCAUCCGACAUUUCAAGUGUCCCUGAUGACGAGCACAGAGAGAGUGUUCUUGAAGGUCCAGAACCAAGGUGGAAAUGAAGUCUGGAAUUAUCGCGUGUCACUGGAAGAUCCAAGGAAGGAAUUGUCCCAGAGAAAUGUCCCAGCAGAGAGCAGAGUCCCAGCAGAGAGCAGAAUCCCAGCAGAGAGCAGAGUCCCAGCAAAGGAGUGGCUGCUCUCAGUUCGGACAGAGUUCAUUCAAAGAGUGUCUCUAUCCGUCCUGAAGGACCUUCUGGAUAAACUCUUUCAGUCUGAAGUGAUCAAUGAAUCUGAAAUGGAGUCAGCCAAAACCAAAUCCCGAAAUGACGGAGCACGAGAGGUGGUGGACGUGGUGCGAAAUAAAGGAGCUGCAGCCAGCAGGGUUCUGAUCAAUGCUCUCCGUGAGCUGGACCCGCUUCUUUACGAAGAGCUCAACUCGAGCUGAGGCAAAACCUCGUGGAGUGUGUGAAAGCCCCUGCUAGUUUUGACAGUUGAAGUCCUGUCCUCUGUUUUGUUACCUGUACAUUUCCCCCCUUGUCCUUGAAGGUAUCACAGAUUCUGAGCGAAGGCCACUUUCCUUCUCUCUUUUCUCCUGGACUCCCUCCUGAGAGCAGCUACCCGUAUUGGCCUUCCUUUGGUAUUAUCUUGAUAUUUUUUCAAGUAGUUGUUCACUUUAUUACAUACAAUCAGUGUUUCCCCUAGGUUUACUGCUUUGGGGGGUGCUGCCUGGCCGGGGGGGGGGGGGGGGGUCAGUCGUUGUCCGAGUCAAAUCUACAGAAAAUAAACAAGUCAGACACUGAAACAUGCACAUGAAUUGGAUAAUAAAAGUCCACAUUUUCAAUGUGAAAAAUGACCGUCGAUAGAUUACUUCAGUUAUAUAUAUAUAUAUUUUAUAUAUAGAAAAAAAGAAAGGAAAAAAAAACACCUUGAAUUUCAGGGGGGGCGCGGGGCUCCGUUGUCUACCAAGACAAUGGGGAAACACUGAUACAAUACUUUAAUUUGCCAGAAUCCAUUGCGUCCUUUCACAUUUUUGUCAGGCAAACCACUGGACCUUCCUUUAUGAGAGGAGAGGAGAAAAUGCUGCCCCACAAUGCAUUGCAGCCGCAGCAUUUACCGUCACACAACAGUCGGCCGUUCACGGAAACAACCGAUUAUGACCGAGAAAUGAUAUCAUGAAAGUUAUGGUGCUUAUUACGCAUUUUAAAAUGUAUGUGGUAAGUUGCCAAAGUGCUUUGUUUUGAACAUUCAUCA